GGCCAAGGGAGGACGAGGAAAAAGGAAGCAAGCAGGUUUUAAAGGGGACGCAGAGUUUUUAUUUUUAAAGCGGCUUUCUCCAAUUUCGCAACGACAGGCGCUGAGGAGCAGGUUCCCAGGAGUCGAGCACAGCUGGAGUAGCAGACAUCGCUGCUGCUGGAGGAGGGAGCGCCUUGGGCCGGGCGGAGGCGUGAGAUUGCUCAUCGGAAGGGUGGGGUGCACUUGCCCCCUGCACUCAGCUCCGGCUGCGGAGCUGAACAUCUGGAUCCGGACAGGGACAGCGGGGUCCAUUGCGCAGGUGGCGUGGCUCAUGAGACUGGCCAGAGGGUGAGGCCACGCAGGUUGGGCUGAGACAGAGCUGGCAUCUCCGGAGCGGGCCCUGGGCGGCAAAGAGGCCGCCGCUAUGGCAGGCGAAAACAUCUUCCUGUUCGUGCCAAACCUCAUCGGUUAUGCCCGGAUUGUCUUCGCCCUCCUUUCUUUCUACUUCAUGCCUUGCUGUCCCCUCACGGCCUCCUCCUUCUACCUGCUCAGCGGGCUUCUGGAUGCUGUCGAUGGACACGCGGCUCGAGCCCUUAAUCAAGGAACCCGGUUUGGGGCCAUGCUGGACAUGCUGACGGACCGCUGCUCCACCAUGUGUCUGUUGGUAAACCUGGCCCUGCUGUACCCUCGGGCCACCCUUCUCUUCCAGCUCAGCAUGAGCUUGGAUGUGGCCAGUCACUGGCUACACCUGCACAGCUCCGUGGUGCGAGGCAGCGAGAGUCACAAGAUGAUCGACCUGUCUGGGAAUCCUGUGCUCCGGAUCUACUACACCUCUAGGCCCGCUCUCUUCACACUGUGUGCUGGAAACGAGCUCUUCUACUGCCUCCUCUACCUGUUCAAUUUCUCCGAGGGACCAUUAGUGGGCUCUGUCGGGCUGUUCCGAAUGGGCCUCUGGAUCACGGCCCCCAUCGCCUUGCUCAAGUCUGUCAUCAGCGUCAUCCACCUGAUCACCGCGGCCCGCAACAUGGCUGCGCUGGAUGCUGCAGACCGUGCCAAGAAGAAGUGACCCUGAGCCGCCAGCCCUCACCUGCCCGCGAUCUCACAGCGCCACACCGCUCCCCUCCUGCGCACGCACCGGAGGCCCCAGUCUCACAUCAUCCUGUGUUGUGCCCUCCACCCAGUGGGUGGAGUCAGCCUGUCUCUGGUCUUGUCACCAUCUCUGUAAUCCUGUGGGCCCAUCUCUGGGGUCCCCAAGGACCUGGACUACAAAGGAGGAAGGAUGCUGAGAGGCUGUGCCCUUUCAGCUGGGGCUUCUGGGGACUGCCACACCCGCUGCUGGCUGGGCCGUAGGCUCCACCUGGCCUGAGAGUUGAGGGACGCUUGAGUGACAGAGAUAAAUUCGGUGUUGGCUUCCUAAAGACAGAGGAGUCGGACCUCUGCUCCUGGUCAGAUGAAGCCUGGGACACCAUGUCCCAGAGGGAAGGCGUUGUCAUUCUCCCUGUCUGGUCUGCUCCAGCCCAGGAAGCCCCCAUAAUAAAGGCAGGAGCUUCACUCUU